CGCCGCUUUUGCCUCCGCCCGGGGUCGAGACUUGAGAAGCGCAUCGCUCUCGCAUCACAGCGAUCGAUCUCUCUCGAGCGAUCGAAAGAAGAAGAAGAGGACGAAUAAGAGGUUCCUCUUAUUUGUGCUCCUUAGGAUCCAAAAAGAAACAAAAAAAAAAAAAAAAACUUUUUCUGGAGUUUUGUGGGGGAUUCGGAGGGGGGUUGGCCACGAUGGGUUGCAAGGAUGUGGGGAUUCUCGCCAUGGACAUCUACUUCCCUCCUACUUGCGUGCACCAGGAGGCCCUCGAGGCUCAUGAUGGAGCAAGCAAGGGUAAGUACACCAUUGGACUAGGCCAAGAUUGCAUGGCUUUUUGCACAGAAUUGGAAGAUGUGAUAUCCAUGAGCUUGACGGUAGUUACUUCCCUGCUAAAAAAGUAUCAGGUCGAUCCAAAGCUAAUCGGACGCUUGGAAGUUGGUAGUGAGACUGUGAUAGACAAAAGCAAAUCUAUCAAGACUUGGCUAAUGCAAAUUUUUGAGGAAUAUGGUAACACGGAUAUCGAAGGUGUUGACUCGACUAAUGCGUGUUAUGGAGGAACUGCUGCACUACUAAACUGUGUGAAUUGGGUUGAGAGCAACUCUUGGGAUGGCCGUUAUGGACUCGUUGUUUGUACAGAUAGUGCGGUUUAUGCAGAAGGGCCAGCUCGGCCUACCGGUGGUGCAGCUGCAAUUGCCAUGCUAAUUGGGCCAAAUGCUCCUAUUUCUUUUGAAAGUAAAUUUAGGGGAACUCACAUGGCUCAUGUUUAUGAUUUCUACAAGCCCGAUCUUGCUAGCGAAUAUCCGGUUGUCGAUGGAAAGUUAUCUCAGACAUGCUAUCUCAUGGCUCUAGAUUCGUGCUAUAGGCGAUACUGUAGCAAGUAUGGAAAGCUUGAAGGACAGCAAUUCUCCAUUUCUAAUGGAGACUAUUUUGUGUUCCAUUCUCCCUACAACAAGCUUGUACAGAAAAGCUUUGCCCGACUUUACUUCAAUGACUUCUUGCGCAACUGCAGCUCUGUUGAGAAUGAUGCAAUUGAAAAGCUGCAACCGUUCGCAAAUUUGACUGGUGAUGAAAGUUACCAGAGCCGUGAUCUUGAAAAGGUAUCCCAACAAGUUGCAAAGCAAUUGUAUGAUGCGAAAGUUCAACCCUCCACUUUGCUGCCAAAGCAAAUUGGGAACAUGUACACUGCAUCUCUGUAUGCCGCAUUGGCUUCUGUUAUCCAUAACAAGCAUACAUCUCUGGGUGGAAAACGAAUUGUGAUGUUCUCAUACGGUAGUGGUCUUUCUUCCACAAUGUUCUCAUUUAAGCUUCAGGACGGUCAGCAUCCCUUCAGCUUAUCAAACAUUGCUACUGUGCUAAACGUCCAAGAAAAGCUGGAGUCAAGACAUGUGUUUGCACCUGAGAAAUUUGUCAAGACAUUGAAGUUGAUGGAGCACCGAUACGGAGCCAAGGACUUUGAGACAACAAAGGAUACAAGUUUGUUGUCACCUGGAACGUUCUACCUAACAAAGGUUGACUCCAUGUACCGGAGAUUCUACAACAAGAAGGGGGAAGAUGACGAUGUAACCAGUGGAACAUCCAUCAACAGCAACAAUGCUCCGUUAGCAAAUGGACACUAGCGAAAUUUGAUCUGCAGCAUUCCUUUCGGGUGUAUGAGUUAAUAAACACUCUUGUUUUUCUUAUCGUCAUUCUCGUUCUUUUUGUCAGGUCCUUGUGAUCGAACUGUUAUUUAUUGACCAGAAGGCGGUUGUUUUUCUUCGAUAAUGAAAGUUGGAUCCUGCUUUCUAGUUUAUCA